AUGAUCUUGGAGAUUCCCUCACCUGAACCAAUCACCAUUAAGGUAAUUAUGCUCAUGCAAUCUACACUACCAAAUGGCAACCCGAAAACCCGAGUGAAGAACCCGAACAAUUGCAUACGUAUGCGCCCACUUGAAAUGCGUUUAGGACUUAUUCCCCUGAUUGCUUUGGUCGUCGUGGCGAUGGGUGAAGAAGACACUGAUGUGUCGAAAAACGUGCUCGUGCUAGUCGAAAAUAUCUGGAUCAAAGAAACACAUUCUAUGUUUCUUAAACUCCUAACAGAUCGGGGAUAUACCACGACGGUUCGCGUAGCUGACGAAGCUGGUCUUACGCUAACGAAGUACGGGGACUAUAUUUAUAAGCAUGUUAUAAUCCUGGCGCCGUCAGUUUCAGAAUUCGGUGGAUCCAUAAACGUCAACGAACUUGUGAAAUUUUUGGACGACGGUGGCAAUAUUUUUGUUGCGGCUAGUUCCGAAAUUGGCGACCCUAUACGAGAGUUGGGUGGUGAGUGUGGUAUCGAAUUUGAUGAGGAACACACGGCUGUGAUUGAUCAUCACCAUUACGAUAUCAAGGAUGACAGCUCGCAUACUUAUUUAGUUGUCCCGCAUGACAACCAGCUGAAGGUUCCAGUGAUCACCGGUGAAAGCGAGAAAAAGUUGCCUUUCUUAUACCGAGGCGUUGGAAUUGCAGCCGAUCCAUUCAAUCCUUUAUUAAUCGGUAUCCUGCACGCAGACCGAACUUCUUACAGUUACAACUUGAACAAGCCGGUGACUGACUAUCCCAACACGGUUGGCACAAACACACAACUCAUUGUGGCGUUGCAAGCGAGAAAUAACGCCCGAGCAGUGUUCACGGGUUCGUUAGACUUUUUGUCCAAUGAAUUUUUCACUGCAACCGUGGAGGAAGCUCUUUCUGGGAAAAAAUAUCCCGGUACCGGCAACCAGGAGUUGAUGGCAAAUCUGUUACGUUGGUUGUUUGGUGAAAGCGGUCAACUCCGUGUGGUCUCGGUUGAGCAUCAUCGUGUAGGUGAAGCUAUCGCCCCGAAUCAAUACACGAUCAUGGACAAUGUCUAUUAUGCCAUCAAGAUUGAGACAAAGAAUGAAAAGAAUCAGUGGGUUCCUUACGACGCAGAUGAUGUGCAGCUGGAAUUUGUUCGAAUCGAUCCGUUUAUCCGCCGCACAAUGAAGCACAAGGAUGGACUCUAUUCGGAAGUACUGAAACUGCCAGACGUGUAUGGAGUGUUCAAAUUUGUAGUCGACUAUCACCGUUUGGGAUACACGCACUUGACUAGCGUAGUCCAGGUCCCUGUUCGACCAUUCACACAUACACAAUACGAACGUUUCAUCGAAGCAGCCUAUCCUUACUACGUCAGUGCAAUAUCCAUGGUCGUUGGGCUAAUUCUGUUCAGUUUUGUGUUCCUCUAUCACAAAGACGACAAGGAAAAGACAGUCUAGAGAAUCGGAGUUGCUCGCUAUGACUGUAAAGUACAGUUAUUUUUCUGACGAUUGUCUCUGCGCGUGUGAUUUCCUGCGGUGUCUGCAUGUGGUCUUCUUGUUCCCUUUAUCAAUGCUAAUAAACCGGUUUUUAUAUUGUAU